AAUAUCAAAGGUUGUUUUCUUCCUCGUCUCUUUCCGACACACUAAAUCUUUAUCCAAGUUCAACAACGUCUGUGUAACUGAAAUAAAAGCUCGCUCUGUCGUCAUCAUAGUUGCAUUAGGAACUUGUUGGGCAACGGAGCACAGUCAAACUGCACGUGUGGAUCCGCAUUUGAUAUAGCGGGUCUCUGAAUUGUAGAACUGCGUUGUGAAGCUUUUUAUUUCCAGACAUGGAUGUGGAUUCAAGCCUCAGGGUCGUUGGACUCUACAGCCGGGUGCAGGUUGCCAACUUCGCCGUCUUCGGCUUGUCGCUGUCCUUUGCAGCCAUACAACUCACCUCGGUGGCGAUCACGAUCGACCAAUCAGUGGAACACUACUGCAAGCCUCCGUACGGCUUCACAGCCAACCAGACAACACCCCUGAUAGACAAAGAAGGCCGCCAGGUUCCCGAUAGCUGUCAUAUGUACGAUGUCCUCAAUGGAACACUGACAGGAAAUAUUACAACCUGUAAGAAUGGUUGGGAGUACUCAGGUGCUGAACAUGGAGAGACUAAUAUCUUGACUGAAUUCGAUCUUGUGUGCGAUAAGAGCCUAUUGGCUGGGACAUUGAUGUCUCUUCACUUCAGUGGAUCCCUGGUCGGUGCGUUCUUGACGGGUCAGGCGGCGGACAUAGUUGGCAGACGACCUAUUGCAGUUGCCUGCCUGGGUUUGAUGAGUGUUUUUGGUACGGCCAUCAGCUUUACCUCGAAUUUUCAGCUGAUGCUGGCCCUCCGGUUCCUUCUUGGAUUAGUUUUACCGGGCAAUACAACCGUUGGGUACAACCGUGCGGUUGAAAUGUUCACACCAAAGACGCGUAUUGUUGGCAACAUGCUCAAUCAGUACUUUUGGACAUUUGGCGUGAUAAUGGUUGCUCCAAUAGCAUUUCUCCUUCCCAACUGGCGAAACUUUCAGCUUGCUGUCUCCCUUGCAAGUCUUCCUCUGCUACCACUACAUUGGUUCUUUACUUACGAAUCGCUUCGGUGGCUGGUACAAAUGGGUCGUCUGGAGAAGGCAGAAGCUAUUCUACAAAGCAUUGCCAAAUCGAAGAACAUCAAGUACGACGGAAAUCUGCACGCAACUAAAAACAACGAGAACAUUCCACUUGCUGCAUACGGUACAGCCGAAGACGAAUCGGCAGCCACACCCGAGAAGCUUGACGGGAAAUCAUCAGUCCCACUUGUUCCAAGACAAGGAGAUGGCACACAGGAUGAACCGCCUCUGGAAAAUUCCAAAGAGGAACGCACACAUCGUAAGGGUGUAUACACAGAAAAGCUGGCCACCAGGUACACCAUUCUUGACCUCUUUAAGACGAGGGUUCUAAUCAAGAAUACCUCCAUCAUUUUCUACCUAUGGUUUUCUACGAACAUUAUGUACUUCGGGCUCAUUGUCUACGCAACAAGUCUCACAGGAAACAAGUACCUCAACUUCUUCCUGUUAGCGCUAGUGGAGGCCCCCGUCUAUUGCCACGAUUACUUCGUUGCAAAAAGGUUUGGACGCAAAAGACCGAUUGCUUUUUUCUUCUUGGCAAGUGCCAUUUCCUGCGUUCUGCUUGCGUUUCUGCCUAACAAAACUGCUGAUGGCACGGAUUUGGCAGUGUUGAUCGUUGUCGUUGCAAUGAUUGGGAAGUUUUACGUCAAUGCUGCAUAUGAACUAACGAUGCUCGUGGGGGUGGAGGUAUUUCCGACAGUUUUGAGGAACGUCGGACAAGGAAGUUCAGUCACGGUUGGCAGAAUUGGCUCCGUCAUCGCACCUUUCAUUACAUAUUUGGAGGAUGUAGCGAGCUUCUUGCCCAUGGCUAUAUUUGCUUUGCUAUCUCUGGUGGCAAGCGUGGGAGUGCUGUUUCUGCCGGAGACCAAGGACCGACCGCUGCCUGAGACGUAUGAGGACGGCAACAAGCUCGCACGGGACGUCGAGGGUACCCCUUGAUGGGUGCCUGCCUGAGCAGGUGCGUUGAGCAACUGGUCAACUACCCAUCUGAGGAACGGUGGACACAGUAAGAGGGCGCUAUUUGGUCUGGGUAAACUGUUUUCUCCAAUCUUAAGCGUGUUUUGGCGUCCCCGAACAGGAAACAUGUUCAUGACGGCAAAGCCAUCAGGUUGUCAUGUUAAGGGUGACCCACAAAUUGGAAGAAACAGGAACGGUAUACGUCAUCUGAAAGAGGUAAGCGCGGGGAAGCAGACGGCACUGUUGAUGAGCAUCAUUUGAUUCAAUAUUCGACACGUUCCUCAAAAUUGCUGCUCUUUCUUUUCACGUACGUUUUAGUAUCUUAGUAUCUUUUUGAUUCGCUGCACCUAACGACGAAUUUUGAAAUGUAUAAGUCACUCAUUUGAGGGGCGCAAAAAUGGUCUGGUUUAUAUUCCGCCAUUUUGAACCGGCGCUGAGCCAAUUCCAAACUUCGGUUCGCGUUCGAUCGAAACAAUGACGUCAAACAGUCAUAAGGAAGUCACCAAAACGCUUAACCAAUAACCAAAGCUGAAACAAGUUCAUGGUUCGGGUUUCCCAAACAUGCCGCCAACCCACUUCAAGUAGCCACCUCCAAUUGUGUUUGCCAUGCCUCAAAAGGCUAAUGCUGGUGGCCCUACCUGCAUCCUCAAAACAAAAGUCGUUUUAGACCAUUUCUGUCCAAGCCCUUUAAUUUCUUCUUUCUUUGCUGCAGAUAAUGUUGCAGCUGAUGCAAAUGCAGUUGUUUGUUACUAGUUUUACCGUUAAAGGCUAAUGCUAUUUGCUGCAUUAUAGGGAUAACAUGGUUGGUUCUGUGUUGAAUACACUAGCCAUGGUAGUACAUACUUCUGUGAAGUCUUUCUCAACAUUUCCAGAGUUUUAAUCAAUUCCUAUAACGCUCAAGGAUCGGACUUAAAUCAAGCAGCAAAACACAUAGCUUGUUUAAAUAAACCCUCAAAAGAUAAUCCGCGCACUGGGUGAUGUUGAAAAACUGAACUCCAGGAGUUGUUUUGAAGAAGUAAAACUCUGAAGGCUGAAUAACAUCGCUUCGUAACAUAGGUUUUUUCUGUUCACCGCAAAAACUGUGGUGUUAAAAUCAACACUUUUUGGUAUUAUCGUAUGGCCACACCGUAGGGUGUUACUUUAACACUGCUGGUGUUACUUUGCACACCUUAAAGUGUUACAAUACCCUGGAGGGUGUUAGAAGUAACACCAAAUAACACCGAAAUGAUUAACACCAGUACAAACACCGGGGAUGUUAAAUUUAACUCCCCAGUUUUUGCAGUGGUUUUAUUGUCGAGCAUGCGUGGUGGAAUGUCUCAAAAACGAUGACUCAACAUUAAAAUGUAAUAAAGUUGUGCAUGUAUACUAAUAGCGUUCAUUUGAUUGGUUUAGUGUGGCUUAAAACCUGCGUCUAUUAAGUAGUGGUGCAUUUUCUUAAAUCAUUUGAAUGACAGGCAUCAUGAUGUAUUCUUGAUCAGAAUGGCGUGUUCUACAUGAUAAAGUAAAUUUUGAGUUUUUGAUGUGAACCAUCAAACCCUUAGAAUAGCUGGAUACUAUGCAAAUAAAACAGGCACCCCACUUUUCCAGGUGAGGUACUUUUCA